GGGGAGGAGCUGGAUUCUUCCCUGAAUCACUCUGCCAGCGUCCUGUAUUCUGAAUCACUCUGCCAGGGACCUGUAUUCUGAAUCACUCUGCCAGCGACCUGUAUUCUGAAUCACUCUGCCAGCGUCCUGUAUUCUGAAUCACUCUGCCAGCGUCCUGUAUUCUGAAUCACUCUGCCAGCGUCCUGUAUUCUGAAUCACUCUGCCAGCGUCCUGUAUUCUGAAUCACUCUGCCAGCGUCCUGUAUUCUGAAUCACUCUGCCAGCGACCUGUAUUCUGAAUCACUCUGCCAGCGUCCUGUAUUCUGAAUCACUCUGCCAGCGUCCUGUAUUCUGAAUCACUCUGCCAGGGACCUGUAUUCUGAAUCACUCUGCCAGCGACCUGUAUUCUGAAUCACUCUGCCAGGGUCCUGUAUUCUGAAUCACUCUGCCAGCGUCCUGUAUUCUGAAUCACUCUGCCAGCGUCCUGUAUUCUGAAUCACUCUGCCAGCGUCCUGUAUUCUGAAUCACUCUGCCAGCGUCCUGUAUUCUGAAUCACUCUGCCAGCGACCUGUAUUCUGAAUCACUCUGCCAGCGACCUGUAUUCUGAAUCACUCUGCCAGGGACCUGUAUUCUGAAUCACUCUGCCAGGAACCUGUAUUCUGAAUCACUCUGCCAGGGACCUGUAUUCUGAAUCACUCUGCCAGGGACCUGUAUUCUGAAUCACGCUGCCAGGGACCUGUGUUCUGAAUCACUCUGCCAGGGACCUGUGUUCUGAAUCACUCUGCCAGCGACCUGUAUUCUGAAUCACUCUGCCAGGGACCUGUAUUCUGAAUCACUCUGCUAGGGACCUGUGUUCUGAAUCACUCUGCCAGGGACCUGUGUUCUGAAUCACUCUGCCAUUACUCAUCUCACCCUAACCCUAACCCUGUAUUCUGAAUCCAAUUCAAUGGUGCAAUUAACGACUUCUCAGGCUGAGGAGUGAGUUUACAAAUCCAUACCUGUUAAAGUCCACAAUCACCAUCUCUUCAUAAAUGUAUUGUACCCAAAGGAAGAGACUGCAGCUGAGCCGAGUCAUAUUCCUCCUGUCUGGUGUUCUACUGUGUUGUCUCUACCAGCUGUCUAUCACCUCCAAGCUCUCCCCAGGACCCUGGCCCCAUGCCCUGCCCCAAAUAGGUGAGGGGUCUGGGGAUGGAGAGGGACUGACAGGGGCCCUCCUGGAGGCUGCAUUGGAGACCUUAAGGGAGGAGGGACACAGUGUUGACACACAAGAGGAGGAAAUGAUAGAUGUGGUGACAACUGAAGUGUCCGAUUAUUACUCCGAGACGACUACAGAUGAUGUCACACCAUCCACUACCACUGAGGUCUCAUCAUCAUCAUCAUCAUCAGUGACUACAAUCCGGACUAUCGUUCACUGUAUAUAUGUAGACCUGGAGCCUCCCAUUCAGAUCCCCACCCUUCCCAACCCACCACCCACCCAUCUAGUCCCCAACACCACCCAAUCCUCCCCUGCCGACCCGGGGGACGCCCCUCAUCAGAAAGGAGAGUACCCGACUGAUAUCUUCUCCGUGGAGGACCGGAGACGAGGCUGGGUGUCGCUUCACAUCUUCGGGAUGAUGUACAUGUUCGUCUCACUCGCCAUUGUGUGUGACGAAUUUUUUGUCCCUGCGCUCGGCGUCAUCACAGACCAGCUCGCCAUCUCCGACGACGUGGCCGGGGCAACCUUCAUGGCGGCAGGAGGCUCCGCUCCGGAGCUGUUCACCUCGCUGAUUGGCGUGUUCAUCUCUCAUAGCAAUGUGGGCAUCGGGACGAUCGUGGGGUCUGCGGUGUUCAAUAUCCUGUUCGUCAUCGGCAUGUGUGCCAUCUUCUCCAGGGAGAUGCUGCACCUCACCUGGUGGCCCCUGUUCAGGGACGUCUCCUUCUAUAUCAUAGACCUGAUCAUGUUGAUAAUCUUCUUCCUGGACAACACCAUCAUGUGGUAUGAGAGUAUAAUGCUGGUGGCUGGCUACAGCUCCUAUGUCUGCUUCAUGAAGUACAACGUUCAGCUGGAGGCAGCAUUCAAGAACCAGCUCAGGAAACAUCAGCACAUCAUUAAUAUCAUCACUGUGGCUGUUGAGGAUGAACCUGAUAAGGAUGAGACAGCAGGUCAGAAUAGUAGCCCUCCUGCCCCAGAAGACAAGAAACUAUUAAAGUUGAAGCCUGUCCUCCAGAGAGGAGGAAGUUCAGCCUCUCUUCACAACUCCACCAUGAGGAACACCAUGUACAAGCUGAUGAUUCACACACUAGACCCCCUGGGAAACAACAAAGAACCAGCUGUCCCUGCACCCUCAGCCGCCCCAGUUCCAGCCCCUGCUCCAGCCCCAGCCAAGGAGGAGGAGACGAAGAAGGAGCAUCCAGAGGGUCAGAUGGAGGACAAAUCGGCAGCAGUUGGUUCGUCUUGUAGUGAGGAGGAUGAUGAUGAUGAUGAUGAUGAUGAUGAUGACGACAGUGAUGAAGAUAGUUCUGAUGAGGAAAGUUCUGAUGAGGAAAGCUCUGAUGAAGAUGACAAUGAGGAAGAUGAGGAAGAUGAUGACCUUGAUGACAAGCCUCUGUCUUUGGUGUGGCCGGACACCAGAUGUAAACAGGCCACCUAUCUGUUCCUCCUGCCUAUAGUCUUCCCUCUGUGGCUCACCGUGCCCGACGUCCGUAACCCGAUAUAUAAGAGGUUUUUUGUGAUCACCUUCCUGGGGUCUAUCCUAUGGAUCGCCGUCUUCUCCUACCUCAUGGUGUGGUGGGCACAUCAGGUGGGAGAGACCAUAGGCAUCUCAGAGGAGAUCAUGGGCCUAACCAUCCUGGCUGCAGGAACGUCCAUCCCUGACCUCAUCACUAGUGUUAUUGUGGCCCGUAAAGGACUGGGGGAUAUGGCUGUGUCCAGUUCUGUGGGCUCCAACAUCUUCGACAUCACCAUGGGCCUGCCAGUCCCGUGGUUAUUGUGGUCGUCGUUCCAUGGUUUUGCUCCGGUGCCCGUCAGCUCCAACGGUCUGUUCUGUGCCAUUGUGUUGCUCUUCCUCAUGCUCCUCUUCGUCAUCAUCAGUAUUGCUGUGUGUAAGUGGAGGAUGAACAAGAUGCUGGGAUCUACCAUGUUCCUUCUCUAUUUUGUCUUCCUGGUGCUGAGUGUUCUGCUAGAGGACAGAGUUAUCAUCUGUCCUGUGUCCAUCUGACACUAUUGUCUUCCUGGUGCUGAGUGUUCUGCUAGAGGACAGAGUUAUCAUCUGUCCUGUGUCCAUCUGACACUAUUGUCUUCCUGGUGCUGAGUGUUCUGCUAGAGGACAGAGUUAUCAUCUGUCCUGUGUCCAUCUGACACUAUUGUCUUCCUGGUGCUGAGUGUUCUGCUAGAGGACAGAGUUAUCAUUGAUUGAAUUUAUUUGACAAUUUGGGCGCUUCAGCCGGUGACACCUCCACAAAAUAGUUUGCUUCAUAACAUGAGAUAAUUAGUACAAUUUCCUAAUAAAACAUUAAGUGCACACACACAAACGCACACACACAAAUGCAUACACACACACACACACAGAAACAUACACACACGUGCUGGAGGAUCAAGUCAUUAUAUGCUCUGUUUCCAGCUGAGUCUAAUUGUGUGAGGCCUCUCUUUUGGGGCUGAUUGUGUGAGGCCUCUCUUUUGUCCAGCAUGGUGUCUGACCAGAUGAGUCUACAGGCAUGGUUCCAAAUUAAAUAGAUACUUCAGUUUAAAGUAAGUCGCUAACUAGCAUUUGCGAGUAGAUACCAUAGACGUCCAGUCAUUGCGCUAACACUAGUUAGCAUUGGCUCACGGAACUACCUCUAAUUUUCUUCAUAUUGGACGCAGAGACAUACAGAUGGUAUCCAUGAGUUCAUUUGACUCUGGGGAAGUACAUAAAGUGCUUCUUUGCCAACAUCCAGAAGUAUCUCUUCAACAUUUUUCAUUGGUAGCACUGGUGCUCCCAACUUUAAAAAGUUAGGAGCACCACAUGAAACUUAGGAGCACCAGAAAACAAGAUGUGUUUAAUUCAGAGAUACGGCCUAUAUUAGGCUUUUAUGAAUUCUACUUUUGAAGCAUGUGUUGUGUCCUAGAAACUAAUAUGUAACACGGUAAAGAAAUGUGUUUAUUAUAAAAGCUAAAAUGUUGAUACUAAUACCUGUCAUUGACAUUACAAAAAGUUAUUUUUGAAAUAUUAGGUUUCUACAUUGUGUAAAAGCACAAUUUUCCUAUUUAGAUACAUUGAAUUGGAAAUUUCCCUUCAAACACUUCAGGUUUGUGAUGACAACAUGUAAGAGAUCUGUCAUUCAUUCAUUUCUAUGAUCAUUGACCUACUGAAGAAGAUAUCCCUCUUCCUUUCUUUCUGUGUCCCCAGAUGUUCAGAUAUACUGGUGAAGUUACCAGGUUGUUAGCUAGCUAGCCAAUGAGGUAACAUGACUGAACGAAGAAUAAACAAGUGGUUAACGACGCACAAGUAGUUUUAGAAUGGCCCAAAACAGAAUUUCAGAAUGUAAAAUGUGGUCCCUGCGAUCCGCAAUAGACAAGUUGGUUGUUUCGCAACAAAACCGACACAUGCCCAAAUAUGGGGCAAAACAGACUAGGUUUGUCUCCAAUGUUUAUUGAAAACAUAAGUGAAGCUAGCUAGCUAGCAAAUUUUAGCCAUAUUAGAAUAGACACCUCUAUUAGAAAACACCUCAAAACAAGACAUGGUAUCAAUAACAAGGUCAAACUAGCUGAAACGAGUCACUUACUAUUCGCCACAUGGCAGCCUCUUGUCAUUGUAGCCAGCUGUCUGGCCAUCCAGAAGCAUAACAACACAUGGCAGCUUGUUGUCAUUGUAGCCAGCUGUCUGGCCAUCCAGAAGCAUAACAACACAUGGCAGCUUGUUGUCAUUGUAGCCAGCUGUCUGGCCAUCCAGAAGCAUAACAACACAUGGCAGCUUGUUGUCAUUGUAGCUAGCUGUCUGGCCAUCCAGAAGCAUAACAACACAUGGCAGCUUCUCGUCAUUGUAGCUAGCUGUCUGGCCAUCCAGAAGCAUAACAACACAUGGCAGCUUGUUGUCAUUGUAGCCAGCUGUCUGGCCAUCCAGAAGCAUAACAACACAUGGCAGCUUGUUGUCAUUGUAGCCAGCUGUCUGGCCAUCCAGAAGCAUAACAACACAUGGCAGCUUCUCGUCAUUGUAGCCAGCUGUCUGGCCAUCCAGAAGCAUAACAACACAUGGCAGCUUCUUGUCAUUUUAGCUAGCUGUCUGGCCAUCCAGAACCAUAACAACACAUGGCAGCUUCUUGUCAUUUUAGCUAGCUGUCUGGCCAUCCAGAACCAUAACAACACAUUAAGCUAUUCACUUUAUUGUACAGUAGAAGAUGUUUUAACUCAGACAGCUUUUAGGGAAACACUUGUGACAUUCUCUCGUUGGGUUAAACCACAGAAGAUAUUUUGACCUGGUUGGGCUAGAAGCAGGCCGUUUUCGCUGUAGUAAUGAUAUAACCAUGACGCUAACUAAUCUGUUCUCACUUUGUUCUCUAACUAUGGUACAGAGAAGCCUGAUCAUUACAAUUAUUAUCUGGGAGAUUCUUUUCCUAGUCGCUCCCAAAAUAAAACUACUGGUCAUACAACAAAAUAUUUCAUAUGCCACCAAACUGGUCGCACUUAACAGUCCUGUCUCUGUCUCUGUCGAUGGACCUUUCAAUGCAUCAUCGAAAUAUCCCAAUCAUUUGAUUUCUAAAAGCUGUAGCAAUGUCUACAUUGAGUUGUUGGUGGAUUAUGACUAUCCGAGGCUCUCUGACUGGCAACACAGUCAACACAAUGUCAAUUGAGAUGUUGCCGAAUUUCAAUCACUUAAAAAUGUCUGGUUUUGACUUUCAGAAAUGCUGACCUAAGUAUAAAGAAGUGCGAGUAGUGAAACGAGAUGUAUCAUUUAUUUUAUUAAUAAUAUAAUAUUAUUACCAACAAUGACUUUAUUGCUUUAAGUAACGUGAUAAAAGCCCAAGUAGAAAACAAGGCAGUUGAAUAAUAGAUGUACAGAGAGUGAAAAGCUGUUCUCUCAGUAUCAAGGUUAUUUACAUUUGAUUUAGGAUUUUGAUGUGAAAUUCAGUUCAUAUUCAGAUCCGAUUUCCUAUUUUAUAUUUAGUUUUAUACAAACAUUUCUAUUUAGUUUUCAUGUUAUUUAGUUUCAGUUUUAAUGUUAGUGUCACGUCUACUCCCCUCUGGAGUUCGACGUUGCCGGGUUACGAACCACCGGUCCUGGGAUCCAUCAUUACGUGCACCUACAUGUCAUCAUGAACCUCCAUUACCUACCCUUUAUCUGUCACUCCCUUAGGUCCCCAGGCAGUAUGAUGCUGUGAUAUGAAGCUACUGUUAUGUUGUCUGGUUCUAUGUUUGUGGUUUUAUUAAACGUUUCGCCUGCUUCUCCA